CCACAGCGUGCAAGAUGGUGGCGACCAGGAGAGGAGUCCGAGUGAGCUCUCCGACUAGAACCGAGCCGGAGCCGCCGGCCGAAGUUCAGGCCACGCCUUCUGGCCGGAGAACCAGGAGUACUGCUGUGAAACAAGCAGAGAGCCCGACCCAGCAGGCGUCAGUGGAGGCCUGCAUCCAUCUUCAGAAGACUGCAGAAGACAAUCCCCUCACCACGCCGAGAAGAAGAUGCACCAGAGCGUCCAGACUCCACAGUCCGGAGCAGCCCUCCACCCCGGUGGGCUCCACCCACGAGGCAGACGUGUCGGACAUGGAGUCCUGCGGCUCCACGGCGUCCAACGCAGAAACACCGGUGAUGCGCACCAGGAGCAGGAGGAGGCAGCCUCGGGCGGCACGCCAGGAAGACGAGGAGGUGUCUGAGGUGGAGUCGUGCUGCUCUGCUGUAUCGGCAUCCAAACCUCCCCAAAGCAGCCGCCGGAGCACGAGAAGGAAGACGGUUCCUGAAAGUUCUGAUGUGGAGAAAGGAGACGGUAAAGCUGAGGAGUCCUGCAGCUCUGUGGUGUCCGAGUCCCAGAGAGUCACCAGAAGUCAGAGGAAACCUGCCAGAACGUCGGCCAAACAGCAGACCGAGGACUCGGAGCUCUCAGGCGCUGAAAGCUGCACUUCCAGCGUCUCAGGAGCUGAAGUUUCCAAAUCGGCCGCCCGCAGAUCUACGAGACCCAGGAGGCAGCCCCGUCCCAUCCCCAUGCACCUGGACGAGCCGUCGGACGGCUCUCAGUCUCCUGCAUCGACGGGCCGACGGACCAGAGCGGCGAGAGGGAAGGCGGCGGUGGAGGGCAGCGAGCCUCAGUCGGACGGGUUUGAGUCCGGACCCACUUACAGCAUCAGCACACGGAGACGGAGCAGGGCCACGGGUCCUAGAGCCGUGGACUCAGACUCUGAGGUGACGGAUGUGCAUUCCCCGGUGAGCAGCCCGACGAGAGGCAGAGGGACGCCCUGCAGCAGCCGGACAGGCUCAGGGAACAGCAGCCGCGGAGCUCCGACCUCCAGACGCUCGGCCAGAGACUUCAGCGCCGUUAAAGAAAAUGUUGAAGAACCAGCCGAGGAGGACGUCUCGUUAAACGACUCCAGAUUAGAAAGCACAGUGAUCAGCGUGGACGCAGACUGCACGCUGGUGGAGGAAGAAGAAGAAGAAGAGGAGGAGAGCCAGACUAAGGCUGAAGAACAAGAAGUCGUGGAUGAUGUAGCAAAAGUGGAAAAGGAAGCAUCAGAUAGUUCAGUCUGUGCCGUUGGAGAGCCUGCAGUGAUUAGCAGAGACCAGCAGGAGGAGCCGUCUGCUGAAAAUGAAGCCGGGGACACCUCAGAGAUGGAGAGGAUGCAGGAAACAGCCCCAUCAUCAGAGCCGGCUCAGCCUUGCCAAUCAGUUACAGUAACAGUAGAUGAGAGGGCCUCUGAAAUCACCGAGGACACCGAGGAGGACGUCAUGGAGGCCGCCGGUGUGGACGCUCCACAGGCAGACGGGCCUCUGGCUGCUGCUGAGGAAACCCGGCCCAGUGAGGAGGAGGAGGAGGAGGAGGAGGAAAUGGAAGUCAGCACGUUGACAACAGACGCUCAGCAGGUGGUUGAGUCCGUUCAGGUGACGUCGAGCCAGCAGCACAAGGUCACUGUGGACUCUGACCCCGAGCAGGAACCGAAAGACGUCGUGGUUCAGAACAGAACCGUGAUCAGCCUGUUGGACAGCAGCGAUGAAGAACACGAUGAUGAGGAUGAGGAGGAGGAGGAGGAGGAGGAGAGGGAAGCUUCUGAAGAGGAGGAUUUGGGGCCCGGUGUGGAGCAGAGAGGAGAACCCUCCAGCAGGUCAGAACCAGCAGCUGGAUCGGCCCAAGGACUGUUUAUGAUCGACACGCGACCCGGACAGGACGCCAACGAGCAGUACUACCACGACGGGCGGCGGGAGGAGGAGGCCGCCACGAGUAAAGGAGGCGAGCAGGAGGAGGACGAGGAGUUUGUGGAUGAAGAGGACGAGGAGGAGGACGAUGAAGACGCACAGAUCCUGUUCUCCAGCAGAAACACUCGACUGAAAGAGAUGUCCAGCCGUAUUGACCCCGGCAUCAGAGUGAAGCAGCUCGGGGGGUUAUACAUCAGUUUUGAUGGCAGCAAAUCAAAACCCGUCUCCAGUUCGCUGCAAAAACUAAAGGAAAAGAAGAUCCAAGAUGAGGUGAUGAAGAAGAGCGUGAUUGGACCAGACUUUGAAAAGAAAGACGCGGUGCCUCCGUACACUGAAUCCAAACAGAAAGCAAAGUUAAAACGCAGAGUGGAGAGGGAGAAGACUACAGGAGACGGCUGGUUCAAUAUGAAGGCCCCGGAAAUGACUCAGGAGCUGAAAGGAGACCUGCAGGUUCUGAAGAUGAGAGGCUCCAUGGACCCCAAGAGGUUCUACAAGAAGAACGACCGGGACGGCUUUCCCAAAUACUUCCAGGUCGGUACGGUGGUGGACAACCCAGUGGACUUCUAUCAUUCCCGUAUUCCCAAGAAGGAGAGGAAGAGGACGAUGGUGGAGGAGCUGCUGGCUGACGCUGAGUUCAGACAGUAAGUUGAGGUUUAAAAAGUCCCUG